UCCCGUCAUCACAGGGCACAUGGAAAUUUCCACUCUGUCUCCUUGCUUGUUAUAUGGGAAGGGUCCCCAUUUCUUGUCUCCACACGACUCCGAAUCCUCCUCUUGCUUCAAUUGCUGCUACGUGCAACUGACUUUCACUUUUAUUGGCCUCCUUUCUCACCUGAGUGACAAAAUAGCGACAACUCCUUGACCCUUCACUUCUCUGCGGCCGUCCGUGAAAAGAGGAGCGCGCAACGUUGAUUUGGUGCAGGAAUCUUCUGACAAACUGUGAUCAAGAACCGGUGCGAGAAAACGGAGCAGUGAGCAACCAAACGGCGACAACUGUGGCUGUCACGUAUUAGCAGAGUCGAUCUAGCAGCAAAGUCAUUCCCUGUCAGCGUUUGCUCGGAGCAUUUUGUUCUUGAAUCACACAAGCUAAGGUGUAAAAUCACACCCCCGGCAGAGGUUGAAGAAGCAAAAGUGAGCAUUCGAAAACUCGUUCGGUCGUGAACAAGUAUGCCGGGAGUCGCGGAUCGGAUGGAGCUCCGGAAAGUCGCCACGGAGCCUGACGACUACAGCACGGACAGUUUGGACGACCGUUUCACUGAGACCAUCGAUUCCGAAUUAGCCACCAUCAACAGUCAGUUCCUGGAUGACAUGGAAGACAGAGAGAUCCGCAAGUUCCUGACCAACGGCAUGAUGAAGAAGAACAAAUAUGAAGAGUACACUGAAGAAUAUCACCCAGGCCACACGUCUUUUGGAAUGUCAGUAUUCAACUUGAGCAAUGCCAUCAUGGGCAGCGGGAUCCUGGGCCUGUCCUACGCCAUGGCCAACACGGGCAUUAUACUGUUUACACUCCUACUCAUUGCUGUUGCCGUCCUCUCCUUGUACUCUGUGCAUCUGCUCCUUAUGACUGCUAAAGAAGGAGGAUCCCUCAUCUAUGAAAAACUGGGUGAAAGGGCUUUUGGCUGGCCCGGAAAGAUCGCAGCGUUCGGAUCCAUUAUAAUGCAAAACAUCGGAGCCAUGUCUAGCUACCUCUUCAUUGUGAAAUAUGAACUGCCGGAAGUGAUUCGGGCAUUCAUGGGUUUGGAAGAAAGUUCCGGUGAAUGGUACCUGAAUGGAAACUACCUGGUGAUAUUUGUGACCAUUGGAAUUAUUUUCCCCUUGUCGCUGCUGAAAAACUUGGGUUAUCUGGGCUACACAAGUGGUUUUUCUCUUUCCUGCAUGGUGUUCUUCCUGGGAGUUUUGAUUUACAAGAAAACCCAACUCCCGUGCCCUCUUCCGUUUCUGGACCACCCCCCGGCCAACCUAAGCAUGAACGCCUCACACAUGCCGGGCGUGUAUGGAUUACACAACCGUUCGGCGCAGAUGGACUUCUCCCGAGCGGACGUGUCUCCUGCUGUCACGGCCAGCGGCGCCGCUCACCCCUCCGCCGGCGUCCAUUUCGAGCCGCACCACGACGACGAGGACGUGUGCACGCCCAAAUACUUCAUUUUCAACUCACAGACGGUGUACACCGUUCCCAUCCUGGCCUUUGCCUUUGUGUGCCACCCGGAGGUGCUGCCCAUCUACAGCGAGCUGAAAGAUCGCAGCAGGAAGAAGAUGCAGAACGUCUCCAACUUGUCCAUCUUGGCUAUGCUCAUCAUGUACAUGAUGUCGGCGCUAUUUGGCUACCUCACCUUUUACGAAAAUGUGGAGGCGGAGCUGCUUCACACUUUCACCAAGGUUUACAAGUUCGACACUCUUCUACUGCUGGUGCGUUUGGCUGUCCUCACUGCCGUCACGCUGACCGUCCCCAUUGUGCUCUUCCCUAUCCGUUCCUCCAUCACUACCUUGCUGUUCAGCGGCCGAAGUUUCAGCUGGCCUCGCCACAUGCUCAUCGCCGCCUGCAUCUUGUUCUUCAACAACAUGCUAGUCAUCUUUGUCCCGACCAUUCGAGACAUUUUUGGCUUCAUUGGUUCCUCGGCAGCCACCAUGCUCAUCUUUAUCCUCCCUGCCGCCUUCUACCUCCGCCUGGUGAAGACCGUGCCACUUCGCUCCCCUCAGAAGAUCGGGGCGGCCGUCUUCCUGGUCGUGGGAAUGGUCUUCAUGAUUGGCAGCCUGUCGCUCAUCGUUCUCGACUGGAUCCACAAUCCGCCAGGUUCCAGCGGCGGGCACUAAGAACCCCCACCCCUCCCCUGCUCCCACCACAUGCGACCUCCCCGGAGCAACAUCUGGAGGGACGCCCAGAUGUUCAGCAUACAGUCAACAAAAUAGCUGGACAUAUCAAGAUUGUUCUUCAGACUUCUCAGAUGACGUACGCUCUAUUUUCUGCAAAAAAAAAAAAAGUUCUGGAAGUGCGAGAGGCAAGCAGAGGCUCGAAAGCAUCAUCGUCCCUGCUGCGUCUGAGCCACAAAGAGGCUGAACAAACACGCAGUUGUCACUGCCUUUAGGGCCUUUUGCAAGGCAGCGCAGGCGAGCCUGCUUCUGCGCACUUGAAUGUGACAUCUAUGGGUCAGAGUCUGCGGCCCUCCCGGAAGAACACCGAGCACUUCUUCGCAUCCCUUUGUGGCGUAUGACUAACACGUGUACACUCGCAGCCGGUCGGUAACAUUUUUGCUGCUCUCUUCAAUGUGAACAAUCGAGGAAAGAGACUUGCCAAAGUCUGCAUGCACAUACGGUAUCAGUAAUGCUAAGUUUUAGCUUCAAACAAUCAACCAGCCUGAAGCUAUAUUUCUGACUACACGAAGCAUUGGAGGUUCUUCCAGUAUUACAAUCACAAGUACGUAUUUGUCUAUAAGUGUUCAUUGGAAUUCAGAAUAAAUGUUGUUGCACAUAAUACGGCGAAUCUGCUUCAGGCACUUGAUGUACGGCUGCUCAACUAAAACAAAGCAUGUUAUUUUUAUAAUCCAUUCGCAACUGAAAUGUUAUUUUUUAAGAUGCAGUACACAAAAUGGGCUCAAUCAUGACAGUGAGUGUUAUAGGAUUAAAAUAUUUUCACCUGGUGCCAUAUGAAGGUCAAGUCAUACUGCAGAGAAUGCUAACACGUUUUGAUACUGCGCCAUUUGCAAAGGAUCAAACAAGUUCAAUGUGAUACAUUCAGAUCAAGGUUGAGUCAAUAGAUGAUUGAUUGUUUGUGUUGUUUUUUUAUUUAUAUAAGUAAAAAUAAUUGGGAACGUCCACAAAUGUACUGGUGCCUUCACUGAAAUCAGCAUUUUUUUGUUUUAACCACCACUGCGGUUGAUCAUUUUAACUUGUGCCUUUCCGGACCUGAAUUGGCUUUUAUUGUCUGGUGCCUUUAAUAUGAACAUCCAGCCAAAGUGGACAACAUUUACGGAUCCUUUAAGGAUCUAAAUACCUGAAGCAAAUACAUAUUUCACAUGAAAUAGUGUUUAUGUCCAUGUUUAUUUUUUGGGGGGUGGGGUGAAUUCCUUUUUUUUUUGUCCUUUUGGACAAUUGUAUAUGCUCUGUAAAUAAUCUUUAUUUAAUUGUACACUGACUCUGUCUGCAAGUUUUUUUUUCUUUUCUGCAAUCCACUGUUUUAGUUAUAUAUAUAUAUAUAUAUAUAUAUAUAUAUAUAUAUAUAGGCUGUAUAUAAAUAUGUAUAACACAGAUUUUUUUUUUCCUUGCUGUAUGACAGUAGUUUGUUCCCUCUUUUAUUGUAUAUUUGUAGGAAUAUUCUUCAUGGUUGUUUUCGGGUUGUUGGCCUGUCACACCAGAAUGAUUGUAGGAGGUUUUCACAAAACAUUACACCGUCUGUAGCUCAUAAUCUCUUGCUGGCCAACACUGGGUUCAAGAUCAGGCUACCUGUGAGCAAUACCGAGGCGGGACAACAAGAAAACAUCCAUGUUCUAUCUGGCUGCGCCAGGACAAUCAAAGCUCUGACCUCACUGUGCAUCAACUGCUGCCAUAGAAACACUCGGUGGGGGUACUACUUGAACCUUGGAAACCCUUUUCACAAGCCUUUCAAAGUCAGCAAGCAUCGCGACCGAAGGGCCCGAUUUAUAGGUGCAAUCUCCUAAUUCACAUUAUGAAUGUCUGCCACCCGCGUCCCCUUUUGCAUUUCUCCCCCCCAUUGGGUUUCUAUCUUGCAGCCACACAUCUGCUCCGCCAAAGUAUCUCAGGUCUCGUAAAAGCCUCCCACCCGUCUUUGUCUUAAAAUCAAACCCUGCCUAAUUUGAGCCAAGCUCCUGCCGGUGGUUUAGCGGUGCAAAGUGUUUUGUUCAAAGGAUAAAAAACGAUGCAGCGCGGCUCCGUUGCGAGCUACAGAGGAGCAGCGACCCAGUGCUGACCACAAUGCGUCAUGCACUUUGUGGAAUUAAGACAAACUAACACAUUUGCAAUUGUACCCAAUCAAAGGGGCAUGUUUUUGUAUCCGUGGUGCUGUUUUAUUAUGUUGAAGAAUAAAAAUGUGAAUAACUAUUCUGGCAAAUCAUUUUCCAUUUUCUUUGCCGCUUAUCCUCACGAGGGUCCCAGGGAGUGCUGGAGCCUAUCCCAGCUGUCAACGGGCAGGAGGCGGGGUACACCCUGAACUGGUUGCCAGCCAAUCGCAGGGCACAUUGAGACAAACAGCCACACUCGCAAUCACACCCAGGGGAAAAUCAUUUUAUCCAUUAAUUUGUGAAAUUUUACAUUACAUGGACAACAUCACGAUGGCAUAAAAAGCUUACAUAAAAUGUUUACGUGCAUUGCCACAGUUCUGGCAUAACCAGUCGAUGUUAUCAGGCCUUCGGAAAUUAGCGCUCUUGUCUAGGUUGCAUCCAGCUAUGAUUUAUAGCACCGACUCGUAAAAUUUCCAAAACAGCCUGACAAAGAGAAAGUUAGAUCAUCUGUAAAUGGAUUAAGUCUGCUCGAGG